UACCUUCGAAAAGUGGUGGCGGCUGCAGUCUGGGUCCAGGCCCUGUGCCCCCGAAGACAUGGAGUUUGUGUCUGGAUACCGCGAUGAGUUCCUUGAUUUCGCUGCCCUCCUCUUUGGCUGGUUCCGCAAGUUUGUGGCAGAGCGAGGGGCUGUGGGGGCCAGCCUUGAGGGCCGCUGGCGACAGCUGGAGGCUCAGAUCCGAAGGCUGCCCCAGGACCCCGCCCUUUGGGUGCUCCAUGUGUUGCCCAACCGUAGUGUGGGCAUUAGCCUGGGGCAAGGGGCAGAGCCAGGCCCUGGGUCAGGCCUGGGGGCUGCCCGGCUCCUAGGAGAGGAGCCUCCACUCCAUCUGCGAGAUCUGAGCCCCUAUGUCAGCUUUGUCAGCCUAGAGGAUGGGGAGGAAGGCGAGGAGGAAGAGGAAAAUGAGGAGGAGGAGAAAGGAGAGGAUGAGGAUGCAGGCCCAGAGAAGGUGGAACCAGAGGAGGAUGGGGAGCCAGCCACUACCAGCAGGGAGUCUCCCCAGGAAGCAAACCCUCCGGGGGAGCCAGAGGAGGCUGAGCAGGAGGCAGGAGGUGGUGAGGAUGCUUGCAGAGAGGACAGGGCAGAGGACGAAACAGGGCCGGAGAAGAGAAAGGGACGGAGAAGUGAGACUGCCCCCCUGCACCUUUCCUGCCUCUUGCUGGUGACGGAUGAACAUGGCACCAUCUUGGGCAUCGACCUACUAAUGGAUGGAGCCCAGGGGAGCGCAGGCCGGGGCUCACGAACGGAGAACCUGGCUCCUCGGGCCUAUGCUCUCCUCUGCCACAGUAUGGCCUGCCCCAUGGGAUCCGGGGACCCCCGAAAGCCCCGACAGCUUACUGUGGGAGACGCCCAGCUGCACCGAGAGCUGGAGAGCCUGGUCCCAAGGCUGGGAGUGAAGUUAGCCAAAACCCCAAUGCGAUCAUGGGGUCCCCGGCCAGGCUUCACCUUUGCCUCCCUUCGAGCUCGAACCUGCCAUGUUUGUCACAAGCACAGCUUUGAAGUGAAGCUGACACCCUGCCCCCAGUGUGGUGCUGUCUUGUACUGUGGAGAGGCUUGUCUCCUGGCCGACUGGCGACGAUGCCCAGAUGAUGUGAGCCACCGAUUCUGGUGCCCGAGGCUUGCAGCCUUCAUGGAGCGGGCGGGAGAGCUGGCAACUCUGCCUUUUACUUACACUGCAGAGGUGACCAGUGAAACUUUUAACAAGGAGGCCUUCCUGGCCUCUCGGGGCCUCACUCGUGGCUACUGGACGCAGCUCAGCAUGCUGAUUCCAGGACCCGGCAUGCCCAGACACCCCAGGGGCAACACACCAUCCCUCAGCCUUCUUCUCAGUGGAGAUCCCUACCAGCUUCUCCAGGGGGAUGGGCCUACCUUGAUGCCUCCUGUGCCCCUAGAUUCACCCAGGAGUCUCUUCGGCUCAUGGCAGGAUUACUACACGUGGCGGGGCCUCAGCUUGGACUCCCCCAUGGCUGUGCUUCUCACCUACCCACUGACUGUGUACUACGUCAUCACCCACCUGGUGCCGCAGUCCUUCCCAGAGCUGAACAUCCAGAAUAAACAGUCUCUGAAGAUCCACGUGGUAGAGGCUGGGAAGGAAUUUGAUCUUGUCAUGGUGUUUUGGGAGCUUUUGGUCCUGCUUCCCCAUGUGGCUCUGGAACUGCAAUUUGUGGGUGACGACCUGCCCCCUGAGAGUGACCAACAGCAUUUUACUCUGCAGAGGGAUGGCCCCGAGUUGUCUGUCCGCCCUGGUUCUGGAGUAUCAGCACGGCUCAGCUCUGGGACAAAGGAGAAGGGGGGCCGCAGGGACCUGCAGAUCAAAGUGUCAGCACGGCCCUACCACCUGCUUCAGGGGCCUAAGCCUGACCUGGUAAUCGGAUUUAACUCCGGCUUUGGUCUCAAGGACACUUGGCUGAGUUCUCUGCCCCGGUUACAGUCCCUCCGCGUGCCGGCCUUUUUCACCGAGAGCAGCGAGUACGGCUGUGUGAUGGACGACCAGACCAUGGCCGUGGCCACAGGAGGAGGCACCAGCCCUCCACAGCCCAAUCCCUUCCGCUCCCCUUUUCGCCUCAGAGCGGCCGACAACUGCAUGCCUUGGUACUGCAACGCCUUCCUCUUCCAUCUGGUGUACAAGCCCACGCAAGGGAGUGGGGCCCGCCCGGCGCCCGGCCCUGCGCCCCCGGCCCCAAUUCCUGCGGCUCCUCCAGCCCCCGCCCGAAGACGCCGAGGAGAGAAGAAGCCUGGGCGGGGGGCCCGCCGGCGGAGAUGAGCGCUGAGAUAGUAGCAGGCCACCCUCUCCCCCAACACACGUUGGAAAGGAAAAAUUGAAAAACACAAGGCCGAGGGGGAGUACUGGUUGGUGGAACACGAAAAGGUAAAUAAAAUUACUUGUUUGAAA